ACGUCUGUCAGCGACCGGGUCCACAUCAGAAAACAACAACAACAACAACAACAUCAGCAGCAGCUCGGCAGAAACACAUCUGCCCCGGAUCGUAGGCGUGAGCUGUGAGAAUAAACCCAACUCUCACUUCAAGGUUUUACUCAGAAAAGACGGCGGUGACAAGAUGAGGCCAACACCGGGACAAACCGGGCUGAAGCUGACCCAGGAUCAGCACAUUGGACAGGUUUCCUCAGUUGAACCCCAGAUGACGGAGCGUCCGACGGAGGUGUGGCCGGGUGUUCCAUCCCAGAGCGACGGCUUCACUCAGCGGAACUCGCUUUUCAACAGGGAGGUUCUGCAGGCGGAGGCUUGGAUCAAAGGGAAGCUCCAGGACCUCAAGGAUGGCUGUAAUGUCCAGCGCUGCCCCCUGCAGGACUGGGAGGAGGCCUCGCAGACCCUCCACAGAGACCUCAAAGACUUCGAGAACACCCUCAUCCAACUGAACCAGAUGGGUGAACAGUUGAUUUGUAAAACCAACCCUUCAUCUGAUCUGGUGAAGAAACGGCUCAGCCAACUGCGAGACCAGUGGCAGACCCUGAAACAGAUGGCAGCCAAUCAGACGAAGGCUUUGGGCGGAGCCAAGAAUCUGCAGGAGUUCAACAGGAAGGUGGACAAACUGGAGACGUGGAUCAAACAGAAGCAGGAAGAGGAGCCGUCACUGGUCGAUGUCCUCGGGGAGAACGUUGACAAGAUGCAGCUGACCAGGAGGAUUUUAGAUCUGAAACAGGAUGAGCAGCUCUACAGAACCCUCCACGAAGACAUCAACCACUUGGCCCUGAAGCUGGAGAAACAAGGGAAGACAGAUGGCAAAAACAUCAUCAGCAGGAGGAAACACAUCAAUAAAAUGUGGAUCCGGGUGCAGUCGCAUCUGAAGAACUGCCACCAGAACCUUCAGCUGGCUCUGGAGGUAUCCACGUUCUACCAGCAGGCGGAGAACACGCUGUCAGCCAUGAGCGACCUGAGGAAAAGCAGAUCCUUGUCCAAAGACCUCGACGGUGUCGGAGACCGGGAAAUACGUGACCUCGCCGCUCAGAUCAUGAUGCUGGACGUCAGCGUGUCCCAGCUGUCCAACCUGCAUCCGGUCCUGGCGUCUGGCGUCUCCCGGAAACACAGCGAGGUGAAGGACGGGUGGACGCAGCUCCAAAGGGUUUUCAGGAGCGACCGGACCGGACCUGCCCCCACCACCCUUGCCGCCACCGCCACUCCGUUCACCAGGGAAGAUGGCGACCCCGUGACCCCGGCCCGGGAGUCCCAGGGCCACGUGGGAACGGAGGCUCAAAGGACCAUGGGAAAGGAGGUGAAGGAGGAGCAGAACCGGCUGAAGGGCUGCGUGGGCUCUGUGGACUCUGGGAUUGGUCAAGUCCAGGAGUUGCAGUUGGUGAACCACGCCCCCUCGCCCACGGGGGACGACCUUGUCUGUGCACAUGAGGUCAUGGUCCGACGUCAGCCGAAGGGUGAAAGCAGGAAGUCCAGAUUGGAGCCCAGAGCAGAGCCCGCGCCCCCUGCCACCACCGCCGCCCCCCCGGGCCACCCGCCACUCCACAUUCAGCUCCAGAAGUUCACCGUGUCAGCUGACAAGACAUUGUCCUGGCUGAAGGACAACGUGUCUAUGGCCACUCAGGUGUGCUCGGUGGCGGGCUGCGAAGGCCUGGAGGCGGCCCACAGGUGUCAGCGGGCUCUAGAACAGGAGAUCCUCACUAACAGGGCCCGGAUCGAGGUGGUCAAAAGGGAGGGGCGGGGCCUGGUCCGAGCGCAGCACCCCGGCAGCGCCAAGAUCCAGGAGUUCCUGGGCCAGCUGGAAGUCCUGUGGGAGGAACUGCGGAGGAGGCACCAGAGGAAACCAAGUGUUUCUGCAGGCCUCCAAGGAGCUGGGCUUCAGGGUGGUGAAGGUGCUGCAGGCCCUGGGCAGUCUGGAGGCGUGGCUAGAGUCGGUGGAGCUCUCCAUGAAAGAGUCCUCAUUGGCUGGAGACCCUGAAACCAUGAGCGUGGCUGAGAAGGAGAGCCGUCUGCUGGAGAGGGAGGUGGCGGCCCGCAGCCCGGAGCUUGAUGCCCUGAGGAGGGAGGUGGAGCGGCUGCACUGUCACAGCC